AUGAGUGACAUCAACUGGAACCCUCAGAAGCCGCCUCUCCGUCGUAUGGGUAAGUGGUUCUACAACGCCUCGAGCGCGAGUGGCCAGGACCCUACCCUCUCCGCCACAGACUCAGCCUACUAUUCAGACGCAAGGUCUUUUCGAUCUUCCCGAUAUGGAAGCAAAGCGGACCUGGCAGAAUCGGGUAGUCCGCGGCACGAUAAAGAGGGGUGGUAUAACAAGACCAAGAAGAGGAUGGGGUCGAUAUUACCUUUCGCAUCAAAGCGCGAUCAUUCGUUCAUCAGCGAAGAUGACCUGCAAGACGGAUACGACUCACGCUCGGACGGAUAUCGAUCUGAUUCGUCGUAUUCGCCGUAUUCGUCCGCGCCUGGAGAGGAAAUCGCUAUGAACUUGGAGGAGAAUGACGGUAGUCUUCCGCCUUCUCCUAUCGUACCUCAUAUACCUCACGAGCUUCACAACAUUGCUGAGGACGCGGACGGUGAGCAGAGGGAGGAAUCAAGCUUUCAUUCAAGUACCAGGACCAUGGACCUCUCGCUCCAUCACCCCACGCCUAUCCGGCCACAAAUCUUUCCUGACCAUGUUGAAGACGCGUGGGACGAAAAGCAUGCAGAGUAUGGCCACAUUGAUAACUCACAGUCUCAGGCUGGAGGACACGUCUCGAGCUCAAGACCUGACCAUGAUGGUGAAGUACAUCAAGAUGUGGAGCGAGAGGUGACACGGGAAGGUAGUGUCGAUUGUCGCUCCAUUCCUCAUUCUUCAAGACGCUCAUUGGGGACGACAUCAGCUACUUCCAGUCGUCAAAAAAUCCGAUAUCUCUUCACAAAUCCAGCGAGCACCGUUCGCAGCCUCGUCGCCACCGCCAAAGGCAAAUUGUUCCGCGCCAGAGCCAAUAAAUCGCCCUACUUGAUGAGGAAGCAAGGAACUCGGGACCUUUCUGAUAUCUACAUCCGUUCAAGCACUGGCUUGGCCACGGAUAUGGACGAGGCGCCAGAGGUUCAUCCCUUGAGGUCGUGCCCCAUUCAAGAAGAAAGACGGGGCUUGGACGUGAUGAGCCACUGGGAGUCGGUGGGAGCCGACCUAGAUUAUCAAGCCGUGGUCAGAUCAGAGGGAGGGCUCCACGAUAGAGCAGCUAAUCAUCAUGGUAGCCAAUCCCAAGCAUUAUCUGAUCUCGAGAUAGGUGUUGCCAGAUCUGUGGGAAGACGUCUCGAUGAAGAUUCAGUCACCGACAGCAAUGCCGCCCCUUUGGAUGUUUUCUCGUCUGAUGGUACCCCAGCAUCAUCAGAUACCAGCUUGCAGGACAGUCGAGAUGACCUGUCAAUCAGCUCCAAUCAUGGUGACCUCAGGGAAAGAAGGAGGGACGGGGUCGUGUUCCUCGACAGGUCUACCAUGCCGAGCACGUUGAACGACGUACUGAGCGGUUAUCCCUGGUCCACCAGCUUUUCCUACUCUACAGACCAUUCUCCCAUCAGUCUCCACAAGAUAUCCCAGAAAGACAAAAGGUUAUCGUCAGUAUCACACAUCUCAAAGAUGCGAGACAAUACGCCACGAUUGGAGGUGGACUAUGGACCUUCUUGGCUCAUGCCUGAUGAUUCGGGAAGGACAGUGCACGAGGUGCUGCUCGAGGAACAAGCCAAGCGGGAUGCUAGACUUGAGGAUGUGCGGGAAAAGUUCGAGGAGCAAAGUAAAUAUUUGAGGGACCUGAUGAGCGAUGAAGGGCAAAUUGAUGUCGGGGAUGCGAGCUACCUGAGUCAGCAUCUACUAUGA